UGGGUGCCACACGUGUGCUCAAGGGCUCUGUGUCUCUGUGCCUUUACCUGCUGAAGGCACGGUGGAGGACACAAUUCCUCUGGGGUCACCUUUAACCACCUACCACUCCAGGAGGAUAAAAGGCUGGACUGCCGCUCCUCCUGCUAUGAUGCCUGGGCAGAUCCCAGACCCUUCCGUGACUGCGGGCUCUCUGCCAGGGCUUGGCCCCCUGACCGGACUCCCCAGCUCGGCUCUGACCGCGGAGGAGCUGAAAUACGCCGACAUCCGCAACAUUGGGGCCAUGAUCGCCCCUUUGCACUUCCUGGAGGUGAAACUGGGCAAGAGGCCCCAGCCCGUGAAAAGUGAGCUAGAUGAGGAAGAGGAGCGAAGGAAAAGGCGCCGAGAGAAGAACAAAGUCGCAGCGGCCCGAUGCCGGAACAAGAAGAAGGAGCGGACGGAGUUUCUACAGCGGGAAUCUGAGCGGCUGGAACUCAUGAAUGCAGAGCUAAAGACCCAAAUUGAGGAACUCAAGCAGGAGCGACAGCAGCUCAUCCUAAUGCUGAACCGGCAUCGCCCUACCUGUAUCGUUCGGACCGACAGCGUCAAGACGCCCGAGUCAGAAGGCAACCCGCUGCUCGAGCAGCUAGAGAAGAAGUGACCAUGGGCUGGGAAGAGGAGGAAGAGGAGGAAGAGGAGGAGGAGGAGGAGAUGGCCAGAGGGAGAAGGAAGAGGGCACCAGAGGGCCCUUCCUUGGUGCAUGAAAAACUUUACAACAAGGCUCAGCACAGCCAGUAAUUGGCCGGGCUUUUUUGUGAAAUUCAGAUCAGCCACACAAGGGGAAGAGCAGGCUGACGAAAUCCAGAAGGACCAAGCGCUGAGACCAAAGUAGACUCGAGGGUGGGGCUGUCCUGCUGGGGCCCAGCUCAGAAGAGGCAGGACAGAGGCACCCUGGCCGGCCAGAGAGACGCCCAACCAGGCAGCCUUGGGCACUCCUCCGGCCUCUCUGCCAGGGCACCUACCCCAGGGACCUCCGAGCAGCCAGGAAAAUCCAUGAGUUGCAACCAAAAUGUGGCUGAGGAUGGAACCGAGUGACACUGCCAUCUGCCUGCCCUAGCCCUGAUCCUUGACCCUGAUGCGGGGCUGGAGAGGGCUGUGAUGCGGGGCCCCAUGUGGCCCUGCCCGGGAGCCACAGCUGGGCACACCCUCGCUGGCCCUGCCGGAGUUUGCUGUGGGCACGAGGCGCGGGCGCCCUUCCAAAGCACAUACUCACUGAAUGUUUACAGACUGGCUGUCCUGGCAGGACUUUCAACUGCACAUGUUUUUUAUACUUUCUUUCCUUUUUUUCUUUUUUUAAUAUUUUUUACAAAAAAAAAAGAUUUUAUACAAGCAAUAUAUAUAUGGAUUUCUAUAAUCACUCGAUGUGAUACAGUAUAAAUAUGCUAUGGUUUGUUUGCUACGAACAGAUAUCCAGCAGUUAUGGCCGUUGUGUGUAACUCCUAAGUACUGUAGUCUCUGGGCGUUGGUGGGUGGCUGGGGCGGGGGUGGGGUGCAUUUCCAUCCUGGUAAACCCUUCAUAGUACUCAGUCCUGUAUCGCUCAGUAAACGUUACUCUUACUUA